AUGAUAUUUUUUAAAAUAAUCAAAAUUUUAGAGAAACCGAAAAUUGAGUUCGACAAAACAGCGAUUGACAGCAAAGCCGGUGAAAAGUUGGAAAUUCGUGCAGAUAUUUCGGGGCUACCUACGCCAGAUUGCAUUUGGCUGAAGGAUGGCUCAAAGUUGACAGCGAACGGAAAUACAACUAUUACGUCCAAGGAUGGAGUUGCUUCGGUAGUCAUCAAAAACGCAGAUGCUGGAUGCUCCGGGGUCUACAAACUCAUGGUGGAGAAUGAGUUCGGAAAAGAUGAGGGCGAAGUUACAGUGCAAAUCAAAGGAGUGCCAUCAGCACCGGUUGGCCCUCUGGAGGUAACGGAUAUCACGGAUGUGUCUUGUAAAAUUACAUGGAGACCGCCGGAACAUGACGGUAACAGCAAACUGCUUGGGUAUUGUGUCGAGAAACGUGAAGCUAAAAAAUCAACAUGGGCAUUUGUUACACGCACGACAUCAACAACUGCUGAAAUUUCCGGCUUAUCUGAUACUACAAAGUAUUACUUCCGUGUUACCGCGGAGAAUGCUUUUGGCAAUGGUCCAGCAGUCGACACCAAGCAACCGGUUCAGCCAAAAAAAUCUACUGCUGGUGAAGAAAAGCCGAAAAUUACGAAAGCCCCAGAAGAUACAGUUGGCAAACAAGGUGAUAAACUUACGUUGCGCGUUGAGUUCACUGGUAAGCCAGCGCCUGAAGUUCGGUGGUACAAAGAUGACGAGCUGAUUCUGCCAAAUGAGAACAUCGAUGUUGCGGUAACGAGUACGGCAUCUGCGCUUACAAUCGAGAAGCUGGACCAGCAGAAUUCUGGAGAUUACAGGCUUGUUCUGCAAAGUAAAAAGACUUUGGUGGAGCACAAAUUCAAAGUGGCAGUCAAUUCGGAGCCUGUGAUAAUUGAUGCUGACAAGUAUUCCCACGAACAUCUGGUUUUCCAGAAGGGCGAAAAUGUCACAUUACAACUCAAUUUCUCCGGUCAGUUGUCCUAG